GGGCUCCCGGCAGCCCCCGCGGCCCGGAGGCCGUCCCCGCCUCCUCCGGCCGAGCCGGACCGACGAGUCCGGAGGGGCCGUCGCGGGAGAUUUUCCUCGUACACGACUCAUUCAUCCAUUCAGUAAAUACUUACUGAGUGCCUCUGAUAUGCCUGAUCCUUCUCGAGGUGCUGGGGGCUACAGAGCCCCCAGGUUUCCCCAGAUGCCAAUCAAACGUUCCUUUUCCUGCCUGAAGAUCAUCUGCGGAAACCUCGGCCAUGGCAUCAGUAUCAGAACCGGUUACCUUCAGAGAGUUCUGCCCUUUGUACUAUCUCCUCAAUGCCAUUCCCACAAAGGUCCAGAAGGGUUUCCGCUCCGUCGUGGUCUACCUCACAGCUCUCGACACCAAUGGGGACUACAUCGCGGUGGGCAGCAGCAUCGGCAUGCUCUAUCUGUACUGCAGACACUUCAACCAGAUGAAGAAGUACAACUUUGAGGGGAAAACGGAACCCAUCACAGUGGUGAAGUUGCUGGCCUGCUUCGAUGACCUCGUGGCCGCGGGCACAGCCUCUGGGAGAGUUGCUGUUUUUCAGCUUGUGUCUUCCUUGCCAGGGAGAAAUAAACAACUUCGGAGAUUUGAUGUCACCGGUAUUCACAAAAAUAGCAUAACAGCUCUGGCUUGGAGCCCCAAUGGAAUGAAAUUGUUCUCUGGAGAUGACAAAGGGAAAAUUGUCUAUUCUUCUCUGGAUCUAGACCAGGGCGUCUGCAACUCCCAUUUGGUGUUAGAAGAGCCAUCUUCAAUCGUGCAGCUGGAUUAUAGCCAGAAAGUUCUGCUCGUGUCUACACUACAAAGAAGCCUGCUUUUUUACACGGAAGAGAAGUCUGUCAAGCAGAUUGGAACACAACCAAGGAAAAGCACUGGGAAAUUUGGAGCUUGUUUUAUACCAGGGCUCUGUAAGCAAAGCGAUCUGACUUUGUAUGCGUCACGGCCUGGGCUCCGGCUCUGGAAGGCAGACAUCCAUGGGACUGUUCAAGCCACGUUCAUCUUAAAAGAUGUCUUUGCCGGAGGAGUCAAGCCUUUCGAACUGUACCCGCGUCUGGAAUCCUCCAACAGGGGAAGUUGCGGCUUGCCUGAGAAGCAUCUGGGGCUCGUUUCAUGUUUCUUCCAAGAAGGCUGGGUGUUGAGUUGGAAUGAAUAUAGCAUUUACCUGCUAGACACCGUCAACCAGGCUACAAUUGCUGGUUUGGAAGGAUCUGGUGAUAUCGUGUCUGUUUCCUGCACAGAAAAUGAAAUAUUUUUCUUAAAGGGAGAUAGGAACAUUAUAAGAAUUUCAAGCAGACCUGAAGGACUGGCAUCAAUAGUGCGAGACAGCCUGGAGACGUCCGGGUGCGCAGAGCAGGUGUCCGGGCAGCGCGCGGAGAAGCCGUCGGGGGCCACGGUUUCUGAGACGAGGCUCAGGGGCUCUUCCGUGGCCAGCUCCGUGGCCAGCGAGCCACGGAGCAGGAGCAGUUCUCUCAACUCCACCGACAGUGGCUCCGGGCUCCAGGCGGUGCCAGAGCCGGGGAGGGGUGGCCAGCCUGCCUCACAGAGAUUCAGCGUGAUCAGCUCAGAAGAGUUUGAGCAGGAGCUCGUGGUGAAGCCGCUGAAAGUGAGAAAGAAGAGGAAGAAGAAGUCAGAAGGUGGAAGCCGGAGUGCCUGCCACAGUUCCCUUGAGUCAACUCCCUGCUGUGAGUUUCCGGGUGACAGUCCGCAGUCCUUGAGCACAGACCUGCUGUCCAUGACCUCAAGUUUGGGCAGCAUUGUGGAUCGCUCGAGCACAGAGUCUCCUGACCGGGAGAGUAACCUCAGCGGAGAGGUGAAUGGUGUCCUGCAGGAGAAUAAUGACCCCGAAGCGUUCAGUGUCCUGGAGGUGCCUGAGCCUGCCCCUGACGUACUGAAUGAAGGGCGUGACAGCAGACCUGAAAGCCCACGAUGGAACCAUGCAGGCGAGACGGAGCCACACAGGGGAGUGUGGACUUCACUCUUGGAGCUGAGAGAGGCUGUGGAAGGCAGUGAUGUUACCGACCUCAGAGAGGAGCCUUGCCCCGCAGACGAGGGACUGAAUAGCAGACAGUCACCCUGGCGAGAACAGGCCCGGGAAGCAGGGGACAUGGAGCCCGAUGACCCCCAAAGCACUUUUUCUGAAGCCCCCUUCCUAGACUCACCCCCGGUGCCUUCAAGCCUCAGCUGGGCCCCCCAGGCGGAGCAGCGGCUGCCGGGGACCAGAGCUGGCGAAGGCGGUGCCGAGGGGCCCGGCAAGGGGCAGGGCUUCCUAACGCACGUGGAGGCCCCCGGCCACCUCGGCUCAUCUCCCUGGCACGCUGUCACUGACAGUGACACAGGCCUAAAGGAAAUGGCGGCCUCGGAACGUGACCUGGGGAGUGCGGGAGGACGGCGGACUCCCCCGGUCUCUGCCCUGGCGACUCGCACCCGUGAGCCGCGGCUGGAGCAGCCUUCCCGGGACCAGGUGUUAACGUCCAGCGACGAGGAGGACAUCUAUGCCCAAGGGUUGCCUUCAUCUUCUUCGGAGACGAGCGUGACUGAGCUCGGGGGUAGUCGCUCCCUGCAGGACCUGAGCCAGCCCGGCACAGAAGACACCGGGCUGCUAAAGUCAGAUCAGUUUGCAGAGAGCUGGAUGGGGUACUCUGGCCCCGGCUACGGCAUACUCAGCCUGGCGGUCUCCGAGAAGUACAUCUGGUGCCUGGACUACAAAGGCGGCCUGUUCUGCAGCGCGCUGCCGGGCGCCGGGCUACGCUGGCAGAAGUUCGAAGACGCUGUCCAGCAGGUGGCAGUCUCACCCUCAGGUCGGCCUCCCCGGCUCCCUGCUGGCACCCCUGCAGCCCGCCUCGCACACAGUGGGCCCUGCAGUGGCCCCAUCCCUUCGGCAGACCGUCCCGUUCCUCCCGUUCCUGCAGGCGCCCUCCUCUGGAAGAUUGAACAGAAAUCUAACCGAGCUUUUGCUUGUGGAAAAGUGACCAUCAAGGGAAAGCGGCACUGGUACGAAGCGCUGCCCCAGGCGGUUUUUGUGGCCCUGAGCGAUGACACGGCCUGGAUCAUCAGGACGAACGGAGACCUAUACCUGCAGACAGGUCUCAGUGUGGAUCGCCCCUGUGCCAGAGCCGUGAAGGUCGACUGUCCAUACCCACUGUCCCAGAUCACAGCCCGAAACAGCGUGGUGUGGGCGCUGACAGAGCAGAGGGCCCUCCUGUAUCGGGAGGGCGUGAGCAGCUUCUGUCCUGAAGGGGAGCAGUGGAAAUGUGACAUCGUCAGUGAAAGGCAGGCUUUGGAACCUGUCUGUAUAACCCUCGGGGACCAGCAGACUCUGUGGGCCCUGGACAUCCGAGGAAACCUGUGGUUCAGGACCGGCAUCGUUUCCAAGAAGCCUCAGGGAGAUGACGACCAUUGGUGGCAAGUGAGCAUCACAGACUACGUGGUGUUCGACCAGUGCAGCUUAUUCCAGACCAUAAUCCAUGCCACGCACUCGGUGGCCACCGCAGCCCAGGUGCCCGUCGAAAAGGUGGCGGAUAAACUGCGCAUGGCCUUUUGGUCUCAGCAGCUUCAGUGCCAGCCAAGCCUUCUCGGGGUCAACAACAGUGGCGUCUGGAUCUCCUCAGGCAAGAACGAGUUCCAUGUCGCUAAAGGAAAUCUCAUCGGCACUUACUGGAAUAAUGUUGUUCCCCGAGGGACAGCUUCUGCAACAAAAUGGGCCUUUGUGCUGGCUUCCACUGCUCCCACAAAGGAAGGAAGUUCCUUGUGGCUGUGCCAGAGCAGCAAGGACCUGUGCAGCGUCAGCGCCCAGAACGCUCAGUCCCGCCCCUCCACGGUGCAGCUGCCUCCCGACGCCGAGAUGAGGGCUUACGCCGCCUGCCAGGACGCCCUGUGGGCCCUGGACAGCCUCGGCCAGGUGUUCAUCCGGACGCUGUCCAAGAGCUGCCCCACAGGCAUGCACUGGACGAGGCUGGACCUUUCCCAGCUAGGACCUAUAAAACUGACAAGCCUGGCGUGUGGAAAUCAGCACAUCUGGGCCUGUGAUUCCAGGGGCGGAGUUUACUUCCGAGUAGGAACCCAGCCUCUCAAUCCCAGUCUGAUGCUUCCGGCCUGGAUAAUGAUUGAGCCGCCUGUCCAGCCUGCUGGGGUCACGCUGGUGAGCCUGCACUCCAGCCCCAACGACCAGAUGCUGUGGGCACUCGACAGCAGGUGGAACGUCCACGUCCGGGCGGGGAUCACCGAAGAGAUGCCGGUGGGGACCGACUGGGAGCACGUGCCAGGCUGUGGGCCUGCAGGGCUGCAAGCCUGCCAGCUGGCCCUGAGCACCAGGACCGUGUGGGCCCGCUGCCCCAACGGCGAUCUCGCCCGGCGGUACGGCGUCACCGACAAAAACCCUGCCGGAGACUACUGGAAGAAGAUUCCCGGAAACGUGACGUGUUUCACAGUGACCUCGUCAGACGAGCUGUGGGCAGUGGGCCCCCCAGGCUACCUCCUCCAGCGGCUGACCAAGACCUUCAGCCACUCUCACGGCGCCCACGGCGGCCACGCCCCCACCCCCCACCCCGAGGACCUGGAGGACGAGUGGGAGGUCAUCUGAAGGAGCGGGGACAGGGCCGCUCAGGAGGGAGGAAGCCGGCACGCGCAGCGGACGCCGUGCGGUGGUGGCGCUCGCCCUCGGCCGCGCCUCACCAGCUCUCGGCCAGCCAGGUGGGGCCGGGUCGGACGGCCCACGCUUGCUCUCGUCCGUGUUUCUUUCCGUCUUGUUCCAGAACCCACGGCCUCAGCCGAGCGGCCCGGAGCCGUGGCCAGAGCGGCAGCGCCUCUGAGCUCUUGCUCUGUCCUCCUCCGGCCGCUCCGGGCCCAGUGCGGGGACGGCCGCGUGGGUAACCCCCGGCGAAACGGAGCCGGAGGUCGGCACUCUCUGACCGCGGGGGGGGGGGGGGGGGGGGGGUGGCCUGGGGACCAAUUCGUUGCCACCACGGGGACGCGGGCUCCGGCACACGCUCCGCGCCGGACGCCCCGCUUGGGGAACCGGGGCCGCGUCUGAGAGGCGGGGUGCUGGGCUGUGCCCGGAUGCGGCACGCGCACGCGCACGCACGCGCACGCACGCGCACGCCGCCCACGCCCUCCCGGCCGCCGCCUGGAGAACACGCUUCAGCCCAAACAGUAAAGGCGGGUGGACAAGACGGGGUGGGAGAGGUGCAUGUGUUUCCAAGGCAGCGGAGGCCCAGGUAGGGGCGGCCGGACGUGGGGGAGCCCAGCCACGUUAGUGACCGAGAAACGUCUCUAGACUAGUAUUUAACUAAUGCUGCUGGCGGGUAUCGUAAAGACCAGAAGCAUCCUCACGGGAUGAGUCUACUAAUUAUUGCCUUUUUCGUUCGUUGUAUUACAAACCUGCAUAAGAUACCUCAUUUGAGAUCAACUCUGACAAAUUUAGAGGAGAAACGUCUUUUCUGAAACCACUGGAAGGGCCCUUCGUUCCUUUGCGUGGUUUGCCUGAGCCCGCGCUGUCCCCAGCUGCAGCGUCACAGACAGCGGGCGUCCCCCUCCGCGUGUCCUCAACGCGCAGGGCCGUCACGGGACCCGCCGGCUGGCCCCGAGAGGCGGGCAUCCGGUUGAUUACCCCGGAAGGUUCAAACUGGGCCCACCGUGGCCGCGCCGGCCGUCGGUCCGUGGGCUCCGCCUACGGGGCCCCCUCUGCUCGCCGGCCGCUGGGCCACGGGGCUUGGGGCCCGGCCGUGCGCCCCGCCCCGAGCCCCCCCACCCCCGCCCAGACCCAGCUCGGGAGCGGGCCUCCAGCCUCGCUGCUGUUUUUAGCUUGCCUUUGGCCCAGGGCCCAGUUACUCGAUGCCUGUUUUCUACUAAGCAAGUGUGUCCGGGAGCCCCAGGCCACAGGUGAAGAGCGAUAAAAUACGUUCCCUGACAGGACCAGCCGCGAAGAUGGAGGCGUUCCAGGUCUAAACGAGGGCAGGAUGCUGAAAUCCCAGAUCCCACUUCACUUUUAUAGAACCCUUACUUUAAACGGAAAGGUUGGGGGACGGCGGAGGCCGGGCCCAGGCUGGCUGCGGCUCCUGUGUGUCUGUUGUGCCUUGUCCGGCUCCUCUCAGAUGGCAGAGCUCUCCUAAGCCCACGGGACUUUAGUGCAAUUAAACCCGAGUCUAGUUUGAUACUUUGAAACUACUUUUAGCUUCAGUGCUUUGUACGGUUUUUCUUUCCGGUUUAAAUUUUAGUUGUGCUUUGAGACAGUGCAAUAAACUAGACUUUUUCCAAA